AGGGGUUGAAGCUGUCAAGAUAAAAAGGUUAAGCAUACGCAGGGGGGCUGAACAAUUUUACGUCCCAAAGUCUACGCUAGAGAGAAGAGUGAAUGGAAAGAGGCAAGUUGACGACCCACCCUCCAAACCAACUGUGUUUUCUGCAGACCAAGAAAAUCAGCUUUUGGGUCACAUUUGGCUAAAUGUGGUUUUGGUAUGACAAUUGAUGAUAUUUGUAGAACUGCAUACGCCAUGGCAGAAAUGUUGAAAAUUAAGCACCCUUUCAGUAAAACCAAAGCAAAAGCAGGAUAUGAUUUGUAUGAGGGCUUCAUGCAUCGACAUCCACAACUUGCAAUUAGAAAACCCGAGGGACUCUCAGCAGCACGGGGUAUGAUGUUAAAUAAGCACGUCGUGACGUCCUACUUUCAAAUGUUAGAGGAUACAAUGAACAAGUUAAAGCUUUUUGACAAAGGGUCUCAGAUUUACAAUGUUGAUGAGACUGGAAUAAACACUGUCCACACGCCAGCGAAGAUCAUAGGACUGAGGGGCACACGAGCUAUCCACAGCAAGACCAGUGGAGAUCGGGGAGAAAAUGUCACGGCGGUUAUCUGUGCCAGUGCAUCUGGAUCAUACAUUCCUCCCAUGAUUAUUUUCAAGGGACAACGCUUAAACAGGGGUUUGGUUGCAAAUGCCCCUCCAGGCGCACUAUUUGCUACCAGUAAGUCUUCAUUCAUUGACAGGGAGCUAUUUGAGCACUGGUUUAAAUACCACUUUAUGAAAUAUCUUCCUUCACAUCGACCAGUUUUACUGAUAAUGGAUGGACACUCAUCUCAUAUCAGCUUGGAAAUACUUCAGCUGGCCAAGGAAAACGAGAUUGAGAUUCUCUGCCUACCACCCCAUACAACUAGUGAACUUCAGCCUAUGGACAAGUGCGUGUUUAAACCACUGAAAACAGAGUAUAACAAAGCCUGCAUGCAGUUCUUGAAAGAAAACCCAGGGCGGAUAGUAACAAGAUAUGACUUUUGUGGACUGUUCACGAUAGCCUAUCAUAAAGUUUGCACGAUGCUUAAUGCUGCUAGCGCCUUUCGUGCUACUGGAAUUUUCCCUUUCAACCCCUCAAUAAUACCUGAAGAGGUGUUUGGACCAUCCAUAGUUUCUCAUUUACCAAGUCAAGAAGGCGACUGUAAACCUGAAGAAAACUAAGGUAUCUGAUCAGGAAUCCACCGACACUGAAGCUGAAUCAGAUCUGACGUCUACUUCUGCUGAUUGCACAGUUCCGUGCGCAUCAGGCGAUGUUCUUUCUAGUCUUCUAAAGGUUCCCUCAUUUGAAAAGCAGAGAAAGAUACCUACUAGCAAAAAAUCUCGAAGAAUCGCAUCAGCACGUUGUCUUACAGCAGAUGAAGUAAUUAAGGAAAUCGAGGACAAGGAAAACGAAAAAGAGCAAAAGAGAAUUGAGAAGGAAAAUCGUAAGAAAUUGCGAGUCAUAAAGAAACUGAACAAAAAGGACGGAAAAUCAGAGAAGCUGAAAAGGAAAAAAAGGAAGGAAAAAGCAGAAGAAGAGGAGGAAAAGGAAGCAGAUUUUUGUAACUAUUGUCAUGGAUAUUACUAUGAUGAUGAGUCUGAUGACGAAGACUGUGUAAAAUGCUCUGACCAGGGUUGUAAUCGAUGGUAUCAUGAGUCUUGUACCGGUUGUUUUGGAAAAGGGGUCGAUGCAUUCAAAUGUGAUGCUCACAAAACUGUUUGAUGUCACAAAACUGCUUGAUGUCAGAACUUAAUGUUUGUUCAAAAGAUAAAUUCUUUAGAGGUUAUUUUAUCUGAUAACCCAAUUAUUUUGAAUAAAAUUGAGCAUCUUUAUUGUAUUUGAAAUUUAUCGUUGUAAUAUUAAAGUGGUCAGCAGAGUUUAGCUAA